UGGGCUGGCCCCCACAAGCGAAAAUACAAGCGAGUAAGAGGCCCAAGCAUUCAAGAGGAAGAGAGAUGGAGCGGGGGAACAACACAAGAGUGUCUGGCCGGAGGAACUGAGUGGAGUAAACUCGACAGUCGAGCCGCAGCUACCGUGACGAAAGCCUCGUCAUCCUUAUCAUUCAAUUCUCAGUUCAUUCGAAACUUCAUGUUUCCUCUUGAACAAUAACAUUCGAAGUGAAUCUUGAUCAAAAUAGAUCAACCAAUUCUUCAGGAGAAUUAAAACCCAUGGGACUAUUCGAAUACUUGAAUGUUUAUCAAUGGAGGAAAUCGAGUGCAAAAGUGAUGACAAAAAAUUGUCACCUCGCGUUGUAAUUGACCGAUGACUGUGCCGAGUAAAAUUGUAGUGCGGUGACUCGUCUCGGUAGUGACUCGACGCCUCACGGAAUUCAAUCCGAGUGGUAUUUUCAAUAAACCAGAGGAAUUUCCCAGUGAUUACAGCGGUUUUGUUACCAGAGGUGAUAAGGGAUGCUGAAACACGUAUCGAUAUCGCCGUGGCGCAGUCGAUCGGACAGCGUGAGUCUGGCAUCGAGCAUCGGUGAUACGAGCAGUUGUGAAAGCGGAAGUCCAACCCCAGGUCACACACCACCACCCUCGAGGGCAUCAUCAUGCGCAUCGCUGGCACCCCUCACUGCGCUCUCAAGCUUUUCACUUGCUGACACGGCACCUCAACAGACGACGAUUAAGGUCUAUGCCAACUGUCUGCGAUCUGACAUCGAAUAUAAAACGCUGUCAAUCACUUAUGAAACAACAUGUCGUGAGGUUGUAGAAAAUUUGUUGAACAAAUAUAGAAUGCGACACCGUGAUCCACGAUUAUUUUAUUUAACGAUGGAGGUGACGGUUAGAAGAGCCAACGUAAGGACUAUUCUGCCACUUGACGAGGAUGCAAGACCUGCAGUUUUGCAGUCGUGUCAUCCGAGAGGUGACUCGAGGUUUUCACUGCAAACGAGACGAGGGGGACUUGUGAAAAUCUACGACAGUGCACUUAUGUCCGGGUCUAAAUACAAGAGCCUUUUGAUCUCGGAGAAAACGACUGUCGACGAAUUAAUUCAGAUGCUGCUGAGCUGUUAUAACUCCACUGAGAGGGUUGAACAGUUUUCUCUUUAUGAAGUCAGUGAGGGUGAGGAGUAUCAGAGGAAAUUGCAUCCCGAUGAUUCGCCCCUUAAAGUUACGCACAAGUGGACUAGUGUGGAUAGACACCUGCGUAUCAGGCGAAAUCCAGAUUACAACCCACACAGGAGAAAGAGUAUGUGGGCAUCAGAGUCGACAAUAAGUGCAGCCCUGUCCCGAUUAAAUCUCCACAACAAUCAUCGUCUCCAUCAUCUGUCUCAGCAGUCCCUAAACGAUGCCAAUCCCCCGCCAACUGCCAGUGCAAACAAUUCCCACUGCAUGCUCCUACGACAAUGCCCCAAGCACAAAAUCAACAAUCGUCACAUGCACAAUCACACGUACAAUUCAAUUCAAAAUAUCGGGAUAUCGGGAUCAACGAGUCAGCAGCAGGACUGCGUCACAAACGUUGUUCCACGUGUUACGAAAUUAUCUGGUCUAAUGCCACAGAGUUUACCUUCAACGCCAUUGACGUCCAAGCAUCUCGCAACACCGGGAUACACGGAUUACGAAAAUUAUCUCUACAUAUGAUACCGUAACGAGGUCUUUAUACAUUUCCAGGUAUCAAUCUGAAACUGCCUUCUUAAUCGUCAGUUUAAUUUAAUGUCUUUCCUAGUAUGAUGAUUUUGUCGUUCAAUUUCACUUGAACUAUUUUCACUCGUUGGGUAACGAGGGAUACAGAGAAAUGGAGAAGUAAACUAUGUCGUUAAUUGUUAAGUAAAUGAGACAAAAAUGUACCAAAGGUAGCUGUAUACUGUUCUCUUUAGGCAGCGUAUCGAAGUGUAAAAUUAAUUUUAAGGAGUUGAUGUUGCAUUAUGCUCGCCACAGGGAAAAAAUUCUUCUUUUAUUGAGAAAGGUGUUCCUUGAAUCGAUAAUAUUGUUUUCAAAUGUAGAACAAUGUUUUUAAUUCUAAAACAGUGUUCUUUAUUGAAGAGAAUUACAAUCAUUUUUGUACCCAAUCGUCUUUCUUUUCUGCAAACUGACUGUCUCAGUUUUCCGUGAAGAAAAUGAUGAACAAGCUCAAACUUUUGUUUUUCAGAAAAAGUUUACGAAAAUAAUUUGGAUCUGUUCCGUAUUCAAAGAGCAUUUUUCUUAAUUCCAGAAGACGCAUUUAGUUCAGUUGUUAUAUUGAUUCACAAUGUUCAAUUGAGGAUAUGCGAACAAACACUGUUUUACUCUCAAAAUGAUUCAUUUGGAUAAAGUGAUGGAUUUUCCUCUGUUCACAAUCGUAACAUUAUUCUCUGAUGUAUAUAAACAACGAUUCUUUAUUUAUUGUCUGAAAUUAUAAGUUUAAUUCUACUAUUCGACGCAAAUGCUUUUAUUUAAGUCAAUUGAAGAAGUUUGGUGAUUAAUUGUCAGAAUAAAGUGUUCAAUUUUUUACAUGUGAAAUUUUUAUAAAACAACUUAGAGAAUUGUGAAAUAAGUGACUGGAUUUUCUAUGGCUUCAUGACUACAUAAACGCGAAUAAAUGGAGGAAUAAAUAAUAUGACUUGAA